AUGAGCACACGAGUGCGCGUUCACGCCGUGAGUACGCGGCAGCUGCGGGCUAGCUGUGACGUCACAGGAAGCGGUGGGUUGAGUCCCAACGCCAACCUGACAGCGGCGACGACGACAGGCAGGCAGUCUUCUUCUACUCUGCGGCGCUCAGCGAGGGUCCGCAUCUCCCCUCUCUCUUGCCUGGACUGCACCCAAAAGCCGGACGCCUUGGACUUCCAACGGGAUUCUCUUCGGACGGAACGUUCCCGGUCGGCGGCUGUUAAAUCGUUCAAUAUGGCCGACAGGAAGGAGGCGAGCGUCGGGAAGAAGGGCCUGGCGGCCCUGGUGCUCCUGUGCGCUCUCACGGCGGUACGCGUGACGGCAAGUCUGGAGGUCAACGAAAGUCAGCAGCAGCAGCAGCAGCCGACCAACGUGUACCACGACAUGGGACACACCAGGAACAAGAUCGUCACGGCCCAGUUUGAGUGCUACCAAAAGAUCAUGAAGGACAACCCUUCCGACCAACAAGAGCCCACCUGCAACCGCACUUGGGACGGCUGGUUGUGUUGGGAUGACACCAAGGCUGGCGUCAUUUCGGAGCAGCACUGCCCGGACUACUUCCAGGAUUUUGAUCCUUCCGAGAUGGUGACAAAGAUUUGCACCGACAGCGGCCAGUGGUUCCUGCACCCAGAGAGCAACCGCACGUGGACCAACUACACGCGCUGCAAUGAACACACCAGCGAAGGAAGAGUGACGGCGAUGAAUCUUUUCUACUUGGCUCUCAUCGGACACGGGCUCUCCCUGACCUCCCUCUUUGUCUCUCUCGGGAUCUUCUUCCACUUCAAGAGUCUGAGUUGCCAGAGGAUCACGCUUCACAAAAACCUCUUCUUCUCCUUUGUCCUCAACUCCGUCAUCACCAUCAUUUGGUUGACGGCUGUGGCGAACAACCAGGAACUGGUGCAGAGGAAUCCGACGAGCUGCAAAGUGUCCCUGUUCAUUCAUCUCUACCUCUUCGGUUGCAAUUACUUCUGGAUGCUGUGCGAGGGCAUUUAUCUGCACACGCUCAUCGUGGUGGCCGUGUUUGCCGAGAAGCAACACCUCAUGUGGUACUAUCUGCUGGGCUGGGGUUUCCCUCUUAUUCCCACUUCCAUCCACGCCAUUGCCAGAAGUUACUACUACAACGACAACUGUUGGAUCAGCUCCAAAACAUCACUCCUCUAUAUCAUCCACGGUCCCAUCUGCGCCGCUCUCCUGGUCAAUUUGUUCUUUCUGCUGAACAUCGUGAGAGUGCUCAUCACCAAGCUCAAGGUGACCCACCAAGCCGAGUCCAGCCUCUACAUGAAGGCGGUGAGGGCCACCCUCAUCCUGGUUCCGCUUCUGGGCAUCCAAUACGUCCUGCUUCCCUACAAGCCCGACGGGCGGGUCUCCUCGGAGAUCUACGACUACGUCAUGCACAUCCUGAUGCACUACCAGGGUCUGCUGGUCGCCACCAUCUUCUGCUUUUUCAACGGAGAAGUCCAAGCGGUUCUACGGCGGCACUGGAACCAGUACAACCUGCAGUUCAGCAGCAGCGUGGGAAACCACUCGGACGCCCUGCGCUCGGCCUCCUACACGGCUUCGUCCAUCACCGAGGUGCAAGGCUGCUACAGCAUCGACGGCCACUCGGAUUACAUGAACGGCAAAGGAAGCCACGACGCCGACGCCGCCGUCCUCAGGUCAGAAAACACCUUUGCCUGACCGCCACGCGUCUUGCCGCUGCGGCUCUGACGGCGCCUCGCCUGCGACCGCUGAGACGGGACCUUGUUCGGAGAUGAAGGGAGGGGGGGGGGAGGAAAACCCCGACAUUCUACUCGCCGCUCCCGGGCCCAUUUACAGUCAUGUCAUUUCCACAAAGCCUUGGCUGACAUUGCAUCGAUGGCCGUGAAUGCUUUUGACCUGGAUAGUGCCAAACCUUUGCCUGCCUCCAGUGCGAAGGUCCUCGCUGUUGAAUCGACUUCUUCCGACAAAUCGCUCAUCUUGUGUUGUUGCAAGAGUAAAAAACCAAAACCCCUGACAUCAGUUUCACGAAUCGGCGUGAAAUUGGCUGCGCGUGUCCAUCAUCAACGACACGUGUCAAAGACUCAAGAGCCCUUGCGGGAGAUGGAACAGGAAGUCGGCCAUUUUGCCGUGCAUGAGAGAAAUUUCUCGGCUCGUCCUGUGACAAACUCCUACGAGGGAAUUCGCCUGCCCAAUUGGACAGAUGGGCUGGGCGCCAUUUGUUGCCUGCAGCAGACAUAUUCCACGGUGCGAGCUCAACAAUUUACUGCCACAGAAAGUGGAGCAUAUCGCACACAACUCCAAAAAAUAGAAAGAAAAAAAAAAUCCCCUGACGACAUAGGACCGAUGGAGUGGGCAUUUCUAGUAGAGAGGGGAAAGUGAAGCUUCAACUUUGCUUCAUGAACAGGCUGUUGUAUUUUAUUUCAGACUCCUCUUCAUGGCACUGUUGCUUUAAGUAAAGAAGAAAUGGAAAGUGAAGAGAGCGUGCCAUCUCGCGUGGUCAAAAAUGCCAACAACUGCUUCAUGAAGCAAAUUUCAAGCUUGGUCAUAAAUGCCAACAACUGCUUCAUGAAGCAAAUUUCAAGCUUCAUUUUCCCAUGAGGAAUUUCUCCCCGAACAAGAUGCAGAGAAAAAGUCUCAUUGUCCCAUCCAUGAAACCGAAGAGAAAGUCGGCCCUUUUGGUGUGACGCUGCCAUUUUGGGUGUCGUUUUGUGGUGUCAUUUCAAGGAUUCACCAUUUGGCUCUUCUUUUGCUUUCCCGCGCACCGCACGGAACAGAUGUUCCAUGUCAUAAUAUAUUCGUAUGAUAUCAAUAUAUUCAUGUUAAUUUAUCCCCGGUUAUUCUUGUCGAUACAAAUAGCAUUACUGUAUUUAUUUGCGCUGUCGAUAAGCUUUCUCAUUUUCGACGGUAUACGGCCUACCUUCUUCAGCAUCGACGCUUACGAAGCGGCCGGAUUUUGUCACGAGUAUUGGCUCAGAAGCCGAAGUAGCGGUCAUGUUGAAGGUCGGCUAGGGACCGAUGCUCAUCGCCAAAGUUUUGCGCGCAAAGCAACGCUUGCCUCGUCAUCUCGGUUUGAUGACCGGAGAGGGACAAAAAUGUGCCACUGAAUUCACGCGCUCAUGCACGCUCGCAGGAAGUCGCCAUGUUGGAAUGAGACAAAAGUUUGUGAUUCUUUUGUCGAAGGCCGCACUGGGGCGCCGUAUGAUGAAAGAGGCGCUUGUAAAUAGCUUGCCAUACACGUGACUUUUGGAUCGCAGAAUGUCCUUUUAUAUUUGACGUCGUACAAGAAAGAAGAAAAGCGAGCGUUCAUAUUCUAUGGAAGCGCGGAUAUGUGUGUGUUUUCGUGUGUUUGUGGUUUACACUUGCGGUAUUUCCAAGUGAAGUCUUGCAGGCAGCGGCGAGUGCGAUGGGACGAGGGCACCCGCCGCGUGCUUUUGCCACGGCCUUCGCAUGUUGAACGGAGGGCCUCUCGCCGCUUCUCCGUGGGCCGCCAUUUUCUCGGGCAACAUCCUCAAAGUCACGGGUGUCCAAGUGGAGGCCCGAGGGCCAGAUCGGAGCCCGCAGCGUCAUUUUGUGUGGCCCGCAAAAGCAAAUCAUAUCUGUCAACUUGCUUUGAAUCUCGCUGAAAAAAGAUUUCAAAUUAUCAUGUCAAUGAAUACCAUUGAGCUUUUGCACUCAUUUUGUACCCCGAUCGGUACAAAACGACUCGCUUGAAAAAUAAUCUGGCACCCCCACCCUGGACCUUGAGUUUCACACCUGUCACUUAUCCCAAACUUUCACCGCAAGAGAGAUUUUAAUGUAUUAUUUUGGACACGAUUCGAAAACAAAAGAGUCAUGCUUCAAGUGUUCAAUGAAAACAAAAACGAGUUUUUGACCUGUGCUGCCCAAAGGAUGACAAUUCAUUGGUCGCUAGAUGUUUAGUCAAUUUGGGGCUACAUAUCGCGCUUUUAUAUGACACGACAAAGGGGUUACGAUGUCCCGGCGACUCUUCUGAUAUGAUGGCGAGAAAAAAAAGCAUUUGGAACCAUCCGGUCUGUCGUACAUUUUUUUUGGGGGGGGGUGGGGGGGGUAUACUGUACUGUAUUGGACUUGAAGUGAGGAGGCCAUUCUGCUUUUUGAAUGUAACUGGCGGCGAAUUCUGUGACGUGACAAAAAAAUGUAGAUUUGCAUCCACAGUGUGUUUUUUUUUUUUUUUAAUUCCGAUUCCACUGAACUGUAUAGCACACGACGUGUUUGUUGUUCCGAGCAGAAUUAGCAAUGAAGAUUUUGUCUCGCUUCUUGACUUUAUUGUGAAGGAAUAUCACGCGGCACCACUUUCUUACACUGACCGAAUAAAAGGUCAACUCCAA